CGAGCUCCACCCUCAGUGCCGGCCACGGCGUCUCUGCCAAUAAAUAAGGGCAAACCACUUCCCCUCUUUGUUUAUCUCCAAAAUGGAUGCUUUCAAUGGGAUUUUAAAGUUUGUCCUGAACCAGAAAACUGUGAUUGGCUACAGCUUCAUGGCUCUGCUGACCCUGGGAAGUGAGCGGCUCUUUUCACUUGUGGCAUUUAAGUGCCCCUGCAGCACCGAGAAUGUGGUCUACGGGCUGGUUUUCCUUUUUGCUCCUGCCUGGGUUUUACUGAUCCUGGGAUUCUUUCUGAACAACAGGUCCUGGAGACUCUUCACAGGCUGCUGCGUGAAUCCCAGGAAAAUCUUCCCCAGAGGCCACGGCUGCCGCUUCUUCUAUGUCCUGGGGCAGAUCACUCUGAGUUCCUUGGUGGCUCCAAUGAUGUGGCUGUCUGUGGCUUUGCUCAAUGGGACUUUCUACGAAUGUGCCAUGAGUGGGACAAACAGUUCAAGACUCUUGGCACUGAUUUGCAAGCACAGGCCCAAAGAAUGCUGGGAAGAGCUUCAUAAAGUGUCCUGUGGCCAAACCAGCAUGACAGCCACAGACAAUGAAGAGCUGAAACUGUCCCUGCAAGCCCAGUCUCAGAUUCUAGGAUGGUGCCUGAUUUGUUCAGCAUCUUUCUUCUCUCUGCUCACUACUUGUUAUGCUCGCUGCCGAUCUAAAGUUAGCUACCUGCAGCUGAAUUUUUGGAAGACAUAUGCACAAAGGGAGAAGGAGCAGUUGGAAAAUGCAUUCCUGGACUAUGCCAACCAGCUGAGUGAGAGAAACCUGAAAUGUUUCUUUGAAAACAAGAGGCCAGAAGUCUUCCCCAUGCCUACCUUUGCUUCCUGGGAGGCUGCUUCAGGGCUGCAUUCUUUCGACCAAAGCCAGCAAUACUACAGCACCCUCCAUAAGGUGGUGGAGGAUGGCCUGGAACUUAGCCCUGAGGAAGAUGAGACCACAAUGGUCCUUGUGGGCAGCACUGACAAUGUGUAGCUCAUCUACCAUUGCUGACUCAAGGCGUCCAAGGGUUCAUUUCUUCUGACAUCUUCUUACUGCAUCAACAGCAAACUCUGAAUAUCUGUGUUUUCUCAUAUUUUCUGUUUACAAGAUGGUAACACAAAGGGAAGCAGCUUUGCAGCUCCCAAGUGCUGACAGUGUCAUGAUGUGCUCAAACGGAUGCUGAGCAACUAGUCGGUCAAGGACGUUGACAAAGGUGCUUUUGCACUGGCUGGGGGUUGGGCUCAGUCUCUUCAGUUCUAAGAUUUUAUGAUUGGCCAGAAGACUCAUGCAGCUAGGUCUGCCCCUCUAUGUAAAUAUGGGUCAUGGCAUCUGGGGGCAGAAGUGGCAGCUUUUGGGUAAGCCAAUUACUCUUAACAGACUACUCUACACAGUGGGAUCAGCAGUGUGGUCAGCAGCAGACCUUGUUCUGUAAAUCUAGCCUACUGCUCUUCAAGGCUGUAUGAAGUUCCAGCAUUCAAAAUUCAUUUCCUCAGAAUCUGAAGACAUCAGUUCUCAAAGAUGAUAUAUGGAAAGGAUAUAACGCCUAAAAUUCAGACCUUUUCACAAGUUUCCAAAGUGCAAUGAAGGUUUGCCCCUGCAGGCAGGGUUGUAUUUUGACUUUUCUGAGCUCUAGGUACUUUUGCCUUCGUGAACCCCUUUCUACAUUAAAAUACACAUACACACACCAGUAUAUAUCCAUGGCUGUAUUGAUAUAAAGAGAAAUAUACUUGUAUAAUGGACAAAUAUUA